AUGGUGGACACUUUUGACGCUCAAGCGUUUGCUGUUGCUAUGGAACUUGCGGAUCAACUAUCUGGCAACGGAGCGUUCGUCGACGACUGCGACGAACACUUGUGCGACGCUGACUGCGACAUUGAGGUCUGCGUAAGAAGCGAAGAGCGCGUUCGUCGUGCGUCUCUUCAUGUAGUCACUGGAGGAGGCAGUAGAAGUUACACAUCAUUUCGUGCGGCCGCGAGUCCAGUGCACGCGUGCGCCGAGAUCCGUUCGAGUUCGAGUGUGGCGUGGUGGUCGCUGGUCGACCGCGCGGCGGAUGUUUCAUCGGAGGACUUACUGGCAAUGACCUGGUAA